AUGGCUGAACAAAGAGACAAAGAGAAAGCGGAAAGUGUUUCUAAGUGGUUUAUGACACAGCAUUCCAUCAUCGCCGGGCAGCCGGUGGGGAAAGAGGUUGGGGGUCCACACCCGCCACAUCCCUAACAGGCCACCUGUCACAACCGAGGAAGCAGAGUGACGAGCUGAGAGGACGAGCUCUUUAUAAGAGCCCCACAGAACCCCCAUCAACAGAACCAGGCCUGCUCCAUACCAACUGAUCCAGAUCCAGCACACCCUGGUCCAGCUUAGUUCAGCUCGUUUCACCGCUUCUCGUCCCUGCAAACCCAACCCAGCUCUGUUGGACAUGAAGUUCUGCCGAAUACACUGUGCCCUAGCCCUGCUGGGUCUGGCCCUGGCCAUUUGCAGCCAAGGAGCCGCCUCGCAACCCGACCAGGACCUCCGCAGCCGCAGACUCCUUCAGAGGGCCCGUGCCACUGCCAUGGCCACACAGGUAAGCAGCCUUCGGCACUGGCACACACCACAGGCGGCUGGUGGCACCUUAAUUGGGGAAGAACAGGCUCACAAUAAUGUCUACUAUGGCAUAAAUGGAAUGGUAUCAAAUACAUGGUUUCCAUGUGUUUGACACCAUUCCAUUCACUCCAUUCCAGACAUUAUUAUAAGCUGUCCUCCCCUCAGCAGCCUCCUGUGGCAUACACAUUCCUACAAGUGCCGCUAUACUGCACACAGGUGCGAAGCCAAUGGCAUGGUCACACAGAUAGCAUGCACUGCUCGUGUCAUGACACGAGACCAUGCAUACAGUAGCAUACAGUAUGGUACAACUCUCACAACGAUUCAGGAACACCACUAUUGACAGUAUGAGAACAUGAUAAUGUGUCGUUAGUAAAACAGGUACAGCAUAGUGAAACGGACUUACACACCAACCCACAAUGGAAUUCAGUUAAAUAGUCUGUGGUCAGGUUAUCACAUACUCACACACAUACUAUACACAUACUAGGGCAUAGACUCACUACAGCUGACAGGUCUGGUAUACCUCUUUAAUUAGGCAACAAUAGUAACAGUGACUAAUGCAGGCAAAUUCAAAUCUGGACCUUGAAGCCAGUUCCACUGUUGAUUUUCAUUAUUCCCCUCUAAUCAAGGACUGAUUUAGACCUGGGACACCAGGUGGGUGCAAUUAAUUAUCAGGUUGAACAGAAACCCAGCAGUACUGUUUUAGUCAUAUACUGUUACUGUAUACAGCACUCCCAUCCCAUAAGUGUUUUCUCUCAUUCAUGUGUUAAAGACAUGGAAUUUUGGUUAAGGUCAUUGUUGGUGGACAGAGUCAACACAGACAGUCACUCUCUAGUAGGACCCACUGGGCAUAAACUGGUUGAAUCAACGUUGUUUCAACAUCUUGUGACAUGGAAUCUACAUGGAAAAUACAUUGCAUUUGAGAAAAGUCAACGUAAACUGUUGUUUUGAGGGUGACAUUUCAACCACAGGAUUAUGUCAUCAUGGUAACCAAAUUUCAACAUAGACAAUCCUUGUAUAAAAUAUGUUGAAUUUGUACCUUUAAAACAACGUCAUAUCUUCAACGUUAUAUCCACUAUCAGAAGAAAAAAAAAACAAUAGGCUGGGCAACACCUCCUACUGGAGAAUUGAUUUAUCUGCAGCUACCUUUUCGUCUCCCAUUCAGGGUUUUAACCAAGCCCAGUCCUGCUUAGCAAUGAUAUUUGUCACACUAUUACCAAUGUGCUAUCGUGAGAAUGAUUGUUGAGAUAUCUCCACAUAAAAACUAAAUAGAUUCACUGUUGCUAUCCAAGUCAUUCCAAAGGUAGGCCCCGUGUAGCUCAGUUGGUAGAGCAUGGCGUUUGCAAUGCCAAGGUUGUGGGUUUGAUUCCCACGUGGUGGCCAGUAUGAAAAUGUAUGCACUCACUAACUGUAAAUCACUCUGGAUAAGAGCAUCUGCUAAAUGACUAAAAUGUUUAACAAAGCAAAUGAAAUGUUACCAUACUUUAUCACUCAUAUAUCAUCAAGGAUGAUAUUUAGGCCUAUAUAGCAUUUGCAAAGUCAUCAACAGCUAUUGUUUAAAUUCAACCUAGAAUUCAACUAACAAUAGACAAUACAAUAGGUCUAGGGUUUCAAGCUCUGUUUGAUUUCAAAUGUAAUGAUAUUUAGUGAUAUUGAAUUGUGUUUUGUUGUCAACGCAACCAAAUAUCAACAUUCUUCUGCUUGGAUAGUUCCAUCUGUGCCAUGCACAUCAACAUUCAAGAAUAGGAGUAAAUCAAAUCAAACUUCAUUUAAAGUGCAUUUAAAGUUUGAUUUGAUUUAGUCAUAAUCUUUAAUUUAGAGUUGUGGUUGAGAUGGAGACGUGAAUCCAACAUAUAAAUUAUGAAUUUGUAGACAAACUGGAAUGAAAGCAGUGGCACAGAUGGAACUAUCCAAGCAGAAUAUAAAUCUCCUUCAAAUGUUGAUAUUUGGUUGUGUUGACAACCAAACAAAAUUCUAUAUCACUUUUGAUAUACAAUAAAUUGCCUAAUAACUUGUCAAUAUGUUAACAAAUUAUAUGUUGGAUUCACAUCUCCAAUUUAAAGAUUGUGAUUAAGCCAGUAGCUCAAAUCUCCUUUAAAUUGCAUUUUGUUGCAUUGUCAACCAAACACAAUUCAGUAUUACUUAAUUCAGUGAAUAGCCUAAUGUUAAGGCUAUCUUACAAACUAAUGUAACAUUAAACCUUGAAAUGAGUAACACAUCCAUGGCCACAUUUUGAGGUUACUGUAACUAUGAAUGGCUAUGUAAUCAUAUAAAGCAUGCAUAUUCAAGAUAGCAUGCAUAUGUCUUCGCAGUUCUGUGGAGAUUUUGUUUUAAGAAUUGCUGUAAUAAUCUGCGCAGAAUCUCGAACAGCAUUGAUCACUCACUUGAACCAUGUACUUUUAAUGUAAUCUCAACUGCAAUCCAGGUAAUCUGGUUCUGCUAUUAGAUGAAGUACAGUGAUAACACAUUAAUCUGAUGUAUAAAUAACCAACUUUUCGUAUUUUUGAGUGGGUGAAUAUAAAUUGUAAUCUCAUUGAUCACCGUUUCAAUCAAAUAUUACCCAAUUAUCCAAGUUGAAAUGAAGUGGUGUGCCCAGUGGGGAGUUUAUGUUUCAUAAUUCAUUCUGUGUCAUAUACACAUAUUUCUGCCACAGAUUCAGAUGUGCAUAGAAGACUCUGACUGUGAAAUUGCAGUUGUUACAUGUAAUAGGGGUGUGAACUCCAAUAGACACCGAUAUUUCUCAAGAAGGAGAUUUCCAUCAUUCCCUCCUAUGACUGACAAUCAUGUCUGUCUGAGUGACACGUUCUCAUGCUAAUGACUCGCUAGCUAAAGUCAUUGACAGCUCACUCUGACAGUGCAUAUUGCAGCACCUCAUCUGGAAUGUUACUAAUUUUACAAACCAAAUGUUUUCUACCAAACAUGAAAAAGUAUUUGUAUGCUGUUGUGUGUUUUUGUACACCUCUCAAUUAUCUGUGGAUGGAAAACAAAUAUCUCUCCUCCUAUCUGAUUUGGAGAGCCUUUACACACAAAAUAUAUAGAUGAAUACAAAGUAUAGUAGUUUGAUUCAUCCUGAAAGUUUUCAUAUUCAAGUUCAUUUCAUGAAAUAUUGGAAGGUGGAAAAAAGUGUACAAUAGGGGUUGAACAAUAGUUCUAUAAAUCUACCCUAAUUCUCAUUAAUCAUGGAACUGUAUGACAACGGUCCAGUCGUCGUGAAACGUGCACCAGGCUCCAGGUUUAACCUGCUACAUGUGGUCUGAGUUCCAUAAUGAUUAAAAUAGGCUACAUCCGGAAUUAUUGCACAACGUUAGCCUAAUAUGAUCCACUAGUGCUAGCGACCCUCAGGAACAACUUACACGGACGUAACAGAGGAAAGAAAGGUAACCGGAAUGGAAUGAUGCAAAAUGUAAACUACAAGUUGAAGAAAACUAACACUAAAGUGACAGUUAUAAAUGAUGGUGGCACCUGUUAGUGGCUAAUAUUUAAAAUGAUACACAUUUUAAAAUAAAAGAGAGAAAUGCCCGGGCGUAGGCUAUUAUUAAAACACUCUAAAGUGCAUACAUAAACUCAGCAGGUUCAGCCCUGCAGAAGCCUAUAGCUUGGGUGUGCUUAUUUCAUCCAUGCAAAUUAUGAGGGCACACAAUUAAAAUUCUGAAUAACGGCACAGCUAUUUAUAGCCUAUUUCAUUGUGGAAAAGGGGCCGCAAUACAUGUCAUGUUGAUAUGAUUUUCAUUUUGCUUCCAUGUGGCUGGUUUCACAUUCGUCCUCAGGGAUCACAAGGAACAAUCAUCUAAACAAUUGCUAUGUGUAUUUACAAUCCCCUUCUCCAGAUGGAUUACUCAUUUACCUAGCUCUUAUCCAUUAAAUAAUUAUAGUGCAUGGAAGAUGCUGUUAUUUCUAUCGGAAAGUAAGUAGAUGCUUUUUCCACUCGGAACCGGCAGGUUGGCUCGACCUUAUUCAUAGUUUCCUUAUCUGUAGACACACCUCCGCCACACCUUCAUUUCUUAGAUCUCCGCUCCGAAUGAAUAGCAGGUGAAUAGCAUGCUAUUUUCAUGCUUAAAUUCAAGGUCAGAAUACUCAUAGAGACAAAAGUGCAUAAAAAGGGAAUUAAGUUCCAUUUACGCGUGCUUAACUCAGGUCGGAAUCGGGACCAUAUUGAGACAUGAAAAUGAACACUGACUGCCUUAAUGUGGUAAUGAUUACAUUUGUGUGUGGCUGUGUCUGUGUGUGUAUGUGCGUGCACACGCGAUCACUUGUGUGCUUGUGUGUGAGUGUAUGACGCGUGUAGGUUUGUGUUUGCUUUUGUUGAUAUUGGCUUCUGUAUGUGUGUGUUUAUACUCUCCCAAAGUAUGUGUGUCUUUCCUGCAUGUAGGAGUGGAGUAAGCAAGUGGUGGAGGACAUUCUAUCCCAACUGUCCUUGCCUGAGGUGGAGGCCCAGGAAAGUGAGGUGUCCACGGCGGGGGCCAAAGAGGACCUGGGCGUGGAGCUGGAGCGCUCAGUGGACAACCCCAACAACCUGCCCCCCCGCGAGCGCAAAGCCGGCUGCAAGAACUUCUACUGGAAGGGCUUCACUUCCUGCUGAGGGAAGAAAAGCCUGCCCACCUUAUGACACGAUGCUGCCAAUCAUGUCACACCACCAACCUGCAUCUGACUAAUGCAGCCAAUCAACAGUUAGCUGUGCCUGAUGACGGUUCAUGAAAUCAACAGAAUUAUGUACCUGUCUAAUUUAUGAAAUAAAGAGAAAAUAAUU